GCCGGGGCGUGCAGCGGCGGUGUGGGCUUUGUGGCCGCCCGGGGCUGCGCGGCCGGGUGGGGCUUGGCUUGGUUCCGCGCCGUCCUCUUGCCGCCGGGCUCCGGGUGAGUGGGGCGUCGUGGAUCACGCAGGCGGGCGGGCUGCCUCCAGGCCAGCGGGGUUCAGCGAUUCGGUUGGUGUUCCGGGCCCGGCUGCACUUCGCUCUUGCAGGUGUCUGCAGCUCCUCGCUUCGUUCGGGCCGAGCCCUGCGUCCUUUUCUCGCCGAGCUGGGUGUGGUAGAUGCCUGGACGGGUCGCCCGAGGACAUGGAGGCCCUCAAGGGUUGCACACUCAGCCUCGGCGCCUGCAGAUCAGGCCUCCGCUUGGCUGCUUGCAGGCUGGCUGCUCAGGUGAUGGAGCGCAGAUUCUACUGUAGGAGCUGGGGGCAAGAAGGUGAUCCUGAAGCCUGAAUUUCUGGGGAUGAAAAUUCACAUAAUACGAUGUCAGACAAACUCACAGUGCUGGAACCUUCCGCCUCUGAGCCCAGGGAAUUUCAUGAAGACAGAUUAGCGCAGCUGUUGGGGAAUCCAGAGAGGCAGGGCCUAGAGAGUCCCCCCUCUCAGGAGGGGGGCUUCAAACAGAUGACAGUGACCCACUGGAAAAUUCAAACAGGAGAAACAGCCCAGAUGUGUAGUAAGUCAGGAAGAAACCCUAUUCUCAACUCAAACCUCCUUAUACUUCAGAGAGAGCUUAUAGAAGGGGAGGGCCAUUCUUGUGGUAUUGGUGGCAAGAGCUUCCCUUUUAAUUCAAAUGUAGUUCCACAUCAGAUUUCUCACCCAGGGGAGAAGCCUUAUCAAUGUGAUCAUUGUGGGAAAGGCUUCAGUCAAAACUCCCUCCUCAGUGAACAUCAGAGAGUCCACACCGGGGACAGACUGUAUGUGUGUAACGUGUGUGGGAAAGACCUCAUUCACUAUGCAGACCUAGUUGAACAUCAGCAUGUACAUACAGGAGAAAAGCCCUUCAAGUGUGCCCAGUGUGGAAAAGCGUUUUGUCACAGUUCAGACCUGCUUCGGCACCAGAGAGUCCAUACCAGAGAGAGGCCUUUUGAGUGUAAAGAGUGUGGGAAAGGCUUCAGCCAGAGCUCCUUGCUCAUUCGCCAUCAAAGAAUUCACACAGGAGAGAGACCCUAUGAGUGUAACGAGUGUGGAAAGUCUUUCAUUCGGAGCUCCAGCCUUAUUCGCCAUUACCAGAUCCACACAGAAGUCAAACAGUAUGAAUGCAGAGACUGUGGGAAAGCCUUCCGACACCGUUCAGACCUCAUUGAGCACCAGAGAAUUCACACUGGAGAGAGACCCUUUGAGUGUCAUGAGUGUGGGAAGGCCUUUAUUCGAAGCUCAAAGCUCAUUCAGCAUCAGAGAAUUCAUACUGGAGAACGGCCUUAUGUAUGCAAUGAGUGUGGGAAGCGUUUCAGUCAGACAUCCAACUUCACUCAGCAUCAGAGAAUCCAUACUGGGGAAAAACUCUAUGAGUGUAAUGAAUGUGGGAAAGCGUUCUUUCUGAGUUCAUACCUUAUACGACACCAGAAAAUCCACACUGGUGAACGGGUGUAUGAAUGUAAAGAAUGUGGGAAGGCUUUUCUGCAGAAGGCCCACCUCACUGAGCAUCAGAAGAUCCAUACUGGAGACAGACCCUUUGAGUGCAAAGACUGUGGGAAAGCCUUCAUCCAGAGCUCUAAGCUGUUGCUGCAUCAAAUUGUACAUACUGGAGAGAAGCCCUAUGUGUGCAGCUACUGUGGGAAAGGCUUUAUACAGAGGUCCAACUUCCUUCAGCACCAGAAGAUGCACACUGAAGAGAAUCUCUACAAGUACAGUCAGCAUGGGAAAGAUCUUACCCCACCCCCUGAUCUUGUCCACCAGGAGGAUCUUUCCCUGAGUGAGACCUCUGUUCAUUUAGGAGAGACGUCUAUGGAUCAGGAGUGUCAUGCAGAUAAUUUAUAGGACAGUCAGUCACUCUCUGAGUCAGCAAGUGGUGCUUGGAAAUGGGCAUACUCAUGCAAAACUGCAAGUUGGCUCCCUGUUGUCUGGGAAUAAACUCCAAGCCUUGGGGUUUAGUCCCUGGCCUUUGCUUUCUCAAUUGUUUGACUCCUGGUGAUGCAUUUGAUGUGUAUGAUGUGUACCCCUGCCCACAUCCUUCAGGCUGCUCCCACUCCUGUUCCUGAUGGCUCUCCGGCUUUCUCCCAGUUGCUCCUGACUAUUAUGUGAGACCUCUCUCAGGCACCGUGCCCCAGAAUGCUUCCUUAGUACCGAGCUGGGUUUGUGUCUUGUGCGUCCGUUGCUCAGUGCUAACCUCUGCUACUGUACUUGCUUUUAAGUACCACAAUUUUGAAGUCUCUCUUUUUCAUUGUGCUCUGUUCCCCGAGGACAGUGAUCAUGUGUCAUUGAUUCCUGUGUCCCUAGUGUCUAGCACAUGACAAUAAACAAAACAAAAACCCAAAUCUGUGUAAUCAGCAUAUCCUUUAUCUUCUCUGUUUUUUGAGACAGGUUCUACCAUGUGGCCUAGGCUGGUCUCAAACUCACAGCCCGCCCUCAGCCUCCUGAGUGCGGGGAUGAUAGAUGUGUGCUACCACACCUUGCUACCGUUCUAUAUUGCUGUUUUUAAAUUUUGGGGUGUUCUUUUUUGUCAUCAGUGUGGUCUGCUCUACUAGGAAGUGCUGUCUCCCCAAGUCCUGUUGAUACCUGCUCUUGUUAAGAGUUGCCGACAGUCUCCUGUCUGCAGUUACUGCCCACCAGGGGUGGCACGGUCCUCAUUCAGAGCUGUCCACUGUACUUUCAGGGUGGUGCCCUCAUGCCUACAUCACUUUUUUUCUAUUUUAGUAGCUCCAGGCUCAACUGUCUCUUUCUAACGCCACUUAUGUGAAGAUGUAUUAAGGUCUGUGAGGAAUAGUUUUGGAUAUUUGAAAAAUGAGAGUAAGAAGGUGCCAUGCAUCCUGUGUCAGGUGCUGGGGAAGCCAGAGAGAUCCCAGAACCGUGAGUGAAGUGGGCACCGGUCCUUGUAAGAGCUCUACCAAGGAGGUGACUAAUGGCACUGUAGAUCUAGGAAGGCUCCAUCGCGGACUUGAAGUUUUAACUGGUCCAGAGAAGUCAAUGGACAUCUUUCAGCUUGAGAGCAGGAAUUUGGGAUGGUGUCUCCACAGACAGGCAGAGCACAGGUUGCCCUGCUCCUCAGGGUUAGUCCACAGUGGAUUCCAGCCAGCAAAUGUGCUCGUUUCUGCCUCUGGAUUCCUUUGGGAAGAGCAUUAACCACAACAACUAGUUUUGAGACAAUAUGAAGAUAAUUUUUGUCCCAGAGGGCAAUUUUGAGUUUUGAACAAAUCCCAGCAACCCUAGAAGCUUCAACUAGGCAGAUAAUUUAAAAAGGACAUUGCUGUGGGAUGGUCUGUAUGUCAAAUGUGUUGUUGAUUGGUCAAUAAAUAAAUCACUGAUUGGCCCGUGGCCAGGCAGGAAGUAUAGGCAGGACAAGGAGGAAAAUAGAGCUGGGAAGUGGAAGGCUGAGUCAGAGAGACACUGCCAGCGGCCAUGAUGAGGAACAGCAUGUAAAGAUGCCGGUAAGUCAUGAGCCAUGUGGAUUAAUGGAAAUAGAUUAAUUUAAGCUGUAAGAACAGUUAGCAAGAAGCCUGCCACGGCCAUAUAGUUUGUAACCAAUAUAAGUCUCUGUGUUUACUUGGUCGGGUCUGAAUGGCUGUGGGACUUGCGGGUGAGAGAGAUUUGUCCUGACUGUGGGCCAGGCAGGAAAACUCUAGCUACAGGACAUGAUGCGCUGGGCGGUGGUGGUGCACGCCUUUAAUCCCAGCACUCGGGAGGCAGAGCCAGGCAGAUCUCUGUGAGUUCGAGGCCAGCCUGGUCUCCAAAGUGAGUUCCAGGAAAGGCACAAAGCUACACAGAGAAACCCUGUCUUGAAAAACCAAAAAAAAAAAAAAAAGGACAUGAUGCACAUUUUCUGGAAAACUCAUUAUCUCAUGACAUAGCCAGCAGACACACGUUAUCAGACCAUUUCAGUCAGUACAGUACAGUCUCGACUUCAUACUGUUUGGAAUUUCCUUUGCCCCUUGUAGCAAUACCUCAUUCAAGAAAAGUAACAUUUCUUUUACCUCAAAAAAGUCCCCUUUGCCCUUUCCAGAGUCAAUCCAACCCUGCCCUGGUUGCCACUUCCUGUGAGUGUAGAAUUGCCUCGCGUGUCCUAGAACUACCUACACGUGGACUGGUGAGGUAGGUGCCCUUGUGUCUGACUUGGGUCACUUUGGCAUGUGACCAGAGUGUUUUUAGACUCGUCAAGUAGCUUUGCGUUAGUAGUUCUCUUGGCCAAGUAGGGUCCCGUUGUAUGGGUAGGCCAUCCUGCCCUCACUGGUCUACUCGCUUAUGGAAAUUGGGUUUCCAGUGUGGACGCUCAAGAAUAAACUGCCACGAUCAUUUGUGUAAAAGCAUUCAUGUGCACAUGCGUGUUUAUUUCAGGUAAAUACAACUUUUAUUACAGGUUAUAAGCAUCUCAACCUCAGGUGACUAUAACAAAAUAAUGUCAACUUAUGGACAGGAGGAAUGUAUUUCACAAAGUAUUGGAGUCUGAGGGACCCAAGGUCUAGUGAGACAUUCAUGGGUGGGCGCCUUCUCCUUGCAGCCUAGCAUAGCAGAAGGGAGUUAGGGAGAUUUCUCAAGCCUCUUCUAAGGGCAGACGUCCCAGUUAUGAAGCUUGUACUUACAGUUCAGUCACUUCCCAAAGCCCCACCUUUGGACACCAUCACUUUGGAGAUUAGGAUUUCAACGUCGGGUGCAUGUGUUCAGUCUGUGGGAGUGAGUACUUGUCUAGCUAUAAGAGGUUGCUGCUGCACAGUGCUCUUCGCUGUGCUGUGCCAUGUUCCUGCCAGCAUGUGGGUGCUCCUGUUGCUCCUGUCCUUGCCAACACUUAGCAUUGUCCAUUCUGGACUCUGUUUUGUUGUUUUGAUUUGUUUCGUGUUUUCAGAUGGUACAACUAUGUAGCUCAGCUGGUGGUAAGUGAUAUUCCUAUGUUAGCCUUGCAGGUGCUGAGAUUAUAUUAUAGGUAUGGGCUACCAUGCCCAACUUGAAUAGUUUUAGUGUUUGUUUAUUUACUUAUUUAUUUGUUUGUUUAUUUAUUGUCCCUUUUUGACAGUCUCAUUCUGCAGCCCUGGCUGGCAUGGACCUGACAAUGUACACUAGAUUGGACUUAAACCCACAGAGAUGCCUGGGCGGCAGUGGUGGCACACACCUUUAGUCCCAGCACUCAAGAGGCAGAGGCAGGUGGAUCUCAGUGAGUUCAAGGCCAGCCUGGUCUACAAAGCAAGUUCCAGGACGGGCUCCAAAGCUACACAGAGAAAUCCUGUCUCAAAAAAACAAAAUAAAAACAAACAACAACAAAAAAACCCACAGAGAUCCACCUGCCUCUGCCUUCUGAACACUGGAAUUAAAGGCAGGUGGACACCAUGCCCAACCUUUGUAUAAUUUUGUGGGAGACCGGCUCCCACAUAUUACCCCAGGGUCCUCUUGAGGAGAGAAGGAUAAGAGAUUUAGAUAGAAGGAUAGAGGGGAGAGAAACAGAAACACAGGACAGCCUCGGGAGGGCCUGGAUCCUAAUCCACAGGCCCCUUCUGUCUCCUCUAAAGGGCUAUUUAUAGGAAUGCCAAAGGGUGGAGCAAAAGACCUCCCCCUCCCCACCCAGCUCAGCCAAGUGCAGACCCUUCCAAUCACCUGGUAACCAUGCACGUGGUCAAGCAAUCCUCUAAUGCAGCUCUGCUGGGUAAAGCAGGCUCAGAUCUCACUAGGAAGCCUUUGUGGGCCUCCAACAAGGUUUUUUGCAAAGCAGCUUUCCAAGGUGCUGGAGAUGGCUUAAGUGGUUAAGAGCACCAGGUCCUCUUCCAGAGGACCUGGGUUUGAUUCCCAGCACCCACUUAGUAGCUCACAACUGUCUAUAACUUGAGUUCCAGGAGAUCCAAUGCCCUCUUCUGGCCCCCGUGGGCACCAGAAAUGCAUGUGGUACUGUAGCUGUGUGGUCAGUACACGAGUGUGUGGGUUCACGAGGAUCCGUGGAAUGAAGAAGACACAGAGGCAUCUGAAGAAUGAAUCUAGCCUAUCAUGGCUGCAGGGGGGUCCAGCCUCGAAGGACUGAAGCACUCUUCCCUUUGCCUAGGGCGUAUUUAUUUACUCCUUUUUACAGUUUAGAUAGUUAAUUUCCAUACCUUCAAAGCAACCCAAAAGGAGCUGCCAGAGACCAAAUGCCAGGUGCAAAUUACUUGAUUUCUCAGGUACCACGGUUUUCCGGGUUUCCUGGACCAAGUUUUGCACAGGCCUUUGAUCCUUGGGGGACUCUCUGAUCCUUGACUCUCAAAUAAGAUUCACAUAGGGUGAUAAGAGAAACAAAAGGUAAGAGGAACAAAAGGUGUGGUUAACCAAAGGAAGGAUUAGGGCUAGGUGCUGCUCUCUGGAGCCAAGCCAGGAGCUCAGCAGGAUUCCCACUACAUGGUACACAGAUACAUGUAGGCAAAACACCCAUACCCGUAAUAAAUAAAAAUUAAAACAACUUUCCCAAACUGGGCAGGGUGGCUCCCACCUGUCCUGUAAUCUGAAUGGCUCUUAGGAGGUGGAGCUGGGUUGGAGAAAGUCAGUCUGGGGGCGGGGUGGUUAUGCCUCCCCCCAUUCUUACUGUCUCUCUACUCCCUGGCUGCCAUGAAGUGAGCAGCCCCGUCCAUUACCUGUUCCUGCUACCAAUGAUGUUUUUGCCUCACCACAGUCCCACAGCAGUGAAGCAACCUCCAUGGACUGAAGCUGUAAGCAUAAACAAAUCUUCCUGUCAACUCCAGAUAUGUUGCCACAGCAAAGAAAAGCUAACAUAUUUCAGAAGUCCCUUUUCAUCCCCCAUGCAUGUAUGUGUGUGCAUGCUAAAGCUGAGCACAGAAGCCGGGCGGUGAUGGUGCACGCCUUUGAUUCCCAACAUUCGCCUUUGAUUCCCAACAUUCGGGAGGCAGAGGCAGGUGGAUCUCUAUGAGUUGGAGGCCAGCCUUGGUCUACAGAGCGAGUUCCAAAACGGCCAGGGCUACACUGAGAAACCCUGUCUCAAAAUAAACAAAGAAACUGAGCUCAGAUGGCUCAGAUUAAUUGCAUUGUCUGCUCUGCCAGAGGACCUGGGGUCCAUUUCCCAGCACCCAUAUAAUGGCUCACAAUCAUCUGUAACUCUAGUUCUGACAGCCUUUUCUGGCUUCUUGGGCACAAGCCAUGCACAUGGUACACAGACAUAUAUGCAGGGAAAACACCCAUACACAUUAAAUAAAUUUUAAAACUUUUUUUUUUUCCUAGACAGGGUUUCUCUGUGUAUCCCCAGCUGUCCUGGAACUAGCUCUGUACAGCAGGCUGGCCUUGAACUCAGAGAUACACUUUCCUUGGCCUCCCAAGUACUGGGAUUAAAGGUAUUCAAUACUACCACCUGGCUAAAACCCAUCUUCUUGGAGGAAAUGACAUUUACCCUGAGUUGAGUUUCAAUGUAAUUAUACUUACUUGUGCACCAGGGAUUGUAUUAUACCAGGAAACUUUUUUUUUUUCCAAAUUGUACUCUGUUUAAAAUUUUUUUGGGAAUAAACCGCCUGCAUUAGA